UUUUUUUUUUUUUUUUUCUUCUUCAAACAUAUAUAUAUAUAUAAAGAAAUGACGACUGUAACAGCCUCAGCGCCGAUACAAUUUACAGAACCUACUUUAUCCAGAAACCGAUCCUUCCAACAACAACAACAACAACAAAAGAGAUAUCAUACACAACAUAUUGGAAACUAUGUGAUUCAUAAAAAGACGUUAGGGUCAGGCAGUAUGGGAACAGUGAAACUAGCAGAGUGUUUAUCUGAUAGAGAUCAUCAGCAGUAUGCGGUGAAAAUCAUGCCCAAGAUCAAUUUAGCUUUGGUGGUAGGUGAUGAAAAGAAUAAGGAUCCCAAGGACACACCCAGAGAACGAGAACAACGAACAAUAAGAGAGAUGGCCAUCAUGCAUUUAUUACGUCACCCCAACAUAUGUCAAUUAAAGGAAUGGGUAGUUCAGGGCGAUCAUUAUUACAUGUUUCUAGAGUAUAUCGAAGGUGGACAAUUAUUAGAUUAUAUCAUCAGUCAUGGUAAAUUACGAGAGAAACUUGCAAGAAAGUUUGCAAGACAAAUUGCUAGUGCAUUAGACUAUUGUCACCGAAAUUCCAUUGUUCAUCGAGACCUAAAGAUUGAAAAUAUUCUGAUUACGAAUCAUGAAGAAAUCAAAAUCAUUGAUUUUGGACUAUCGAAUAUUUAUUCACCUUCUCGACUACUCAAUACCUUUUGUGGCUCACUUUAUUUUGCCGCACCUGAAUUAUUACAGGCACGAAAUUAUACGGGACCUGAAGUCGAUGUCUGGAGUUUUGGUGUGGUAUUGUAUGUAUUGGUAUGUGGAAGAGUUCCAUUUGACGAUACAAGUUUACCUGCACUUCAUCAAAAGAUUAAGGCGGGUGUAGUAGAAUACCCUGACCAUCUCACCAAAGAAUGCAUUGAUUUACUUUCCAAGAUUUUAGUGGUCGACCCCAAGAAGAGAGAGACAUUAUCAUUUGUCAUUCAUCAUCCAUGGAUGAACCGAGGGUACGAUGAACCGAUUUUUAAUCAUUUACCGCAUCGACAACCGUUAAAAUGGGUGGAUCCACAAGUCAUUGCAGGUAUGCAAGGUUUCGGACUGGGUUCACCGUCAGAAAUCCAAAGCAAAUUGGAAAAGAUUAUUUCAUCCACCGAAUACCAAACAGCGGCUCAACAAAUCGAUCAGAAUUACCAACAACAACAACAACAACAGCAACAAAAGAGUCACACCGUUUCCUCCAUGAACGACAAUACGAAUUCAUUGACGCGAUGGCGUCGUACCAUCUCCAUUAAACGUUCAUCACCACCGACCGUGGUUGGAAAAGAUGAUCCACAGUCUUUACCCGCCAUGUAUGAUCCCUUAAUCUCCAUUUAUGCACUGGUGAAGGAACGUCGUGAUUUCGAUGAAAAGGUAUCUCUGUUACAAAGGGGUGGUUAUCAAUCCCCUGUUCAAUUAGGACGAUCCGCCAGUACGUCCUUGACCACACCUUCGCAUGGUAUCAAUAGUGAGAUUCGACGACGUAAGACGGAACGUGUACCACCUUCACAUACACGCCAUCUUUUCAAGGACACCACCGAGACAGUGGAUUGGGCUGCACCGCAUGUCAAUAGUACGGGGGACACCAAAAAAUUGAAUAACAACGGGGGAACAAUUUUACAACGUAGUCGUAGUGCUGCAAAACGAAUUGGAGCCAUGUUACCAAGUAAAGUCAGCGGUAAUGGUGGUGGUGGUGGAUUGAAUGGUUUAAAUGAAGAUGUAUUUCAUGUGAUUGAAAGACAAAAGAGUCGUGAUUCAUUACCGCCCCCUGCGGCUGCGUCGUCAUCAUCAUCAUCGGGUGUAGAGUUGAAUUAUUCGUCUUCUUUAAAGAAAAAGACCAUUCAUUUAUUACGAUCGAGUUCGUUAACGGAUAAACAACGACGACAACAGGGUAAGAAGACGAUGAUGGAUGAGGAUGGAAGACCUGCUGCGACUGCGGUGGUGCAGGGACGACUGGUGGAGGAAGGAUUGACGGUGAAAGCACCAGUGACGAUGAGCACGCAUCCCAAGAGCUUGUUUAAUUUUAAUCGACGCCACUUGUUCAAGAUGACGACCACCGAGAUGCUCAAGAAUAUUCAACAUGUGUUGCUGAAACUGGGUAUUCAAUAUCGAUUGCAAGAAGGGUACACGUUGAAAUGUGAAUUAUCAGAUUGGGGACGGUUGAUAAGAGCAUCGUCUAUGAUGGAGGAGGAGGAUGAAGGUGUGGUGGAUGGCGUGGUAUGCUUUACAUUGAUGAUUUAUCAGGCGCGAUGGGCAGGAGGUCGAUUAGGUGUGAAAGUGUUGGAGGCAGAAGAAAAGGAUGAUAAAAUGUAUCGACAGAUCUAUCAUACUAUCUUGAACGAACUUGGUUCCUUUUAAAUCUUAUAAUAUUUAGCUAUAAUAAAAGCAAUAUCACUGGGGGGGAC